CGGUGACGCAGGCCCUGGACUUGCGCGUUCAGCUAAGAGCAGAAGAAGCCGGCGACCUUGCAUUCUCAGCCGGAUCCCUGCCUAGCGGCCUGGACAUUCGCAGCUGAAGAGAUGGCAUUUGUGAAGAGUGGAUGGUUGCUUCGACAGAGUACCAUUUUGAAGCGCUGGAAGAAGAACUGGUUUGACCUGUGGUCCGACGGUCACCUGAUCUACUAUGAUGACCAGACCCGGCAGAGUAUAGAGGAUAAGGUCCACAUGCCGGUGGACUGCAUCAAUAUCCGCAUGGGGCAUGAGUGUCGAGAUAUCCAGCCUCCAGAUGGGAAGCCCAAAGACUGUCUGCUGCAGAUCGUCUGCCGAGACGGGAAAACCAUCAGUCUCUGUGCGGAGAGCACAGACGAUUGCCUGGCAUGGAAGUUUACACUGCAGGAUUCCAGAACGAACACAGCUUACGUUGGCUCAGCGAUCCUGUCUGAAGAGACCACAGUGGCCGCCUCGCCACCGCCCUACGCUGCCUACGCUACACCGACCCCUGAGGUCUAUGGCUAUGGUCCCUACAGUGGCGCAUACCCAGCAGGAACUCAAGUCGUCUAUGCUGCCAAUGGGCAAGCGUAUGCUGUGCCCUACCAGUACCCAUACGCAGGAGUUUAUGGACAACAGCCUGCCAACCAGGUCAUCAUCCGUGAGCGGUACCGAGACAAUGACAGUGACCUGGCCCUGGGCAUGCUCGCUGGGGCAGCCACAGGCAUGGCCCUGGGGUCUCUGUUCUGGGUCUUCUAGAGCCUUCAAGGUGUUCCGUGCAUCGCUUCUGUUAGUCCUGUGUGCAAUAAUUGAUUUGCAGGGCAUUUCUGUUUGUGACAGGUGUCUUUCGUAAUAAUUUAAAUAGUUCCUUUGAAGAUGGUAAUCUGAUGAUUGUGACUGGCCUGCAUGGUACCACAGAGAAGGCCUUGAAGUAUGCUGUGAGUGAGAACCUGAGUUCUUCAGGGUCCUGGCUUGCACCAAGUCUUUCCUAGGGAGCUCUUGGAUGACCUUAUGUAAACACACCCAUUCAAAAGGGCAUUUUCUGUUUAGUUAGAUGCAGUACUUAAUUAAAGAAUGACUUUCCCUGCUAUGCCAAUAAUAAUAAUGCUGAUGAAGGAGGAUAUGAAUGAGUGUGGAAAGAAGAAUUCAACUUCUUUUACUUUAACUGUGAAAUCUCACUCUAGACCUGACUGUAUAUUACCCCAGAGCUGUGGGUUGGUAGCUCCUGCAGGGCAGUGGUGUGAGAACCCUGUGAUCCGCCCUCCCUAGCUCCCAGGCACCUGCAAGACUGACUGCUCAGGAUGAAGAGGGGCACUCCCUCCCUUUAAAAAUGAUGCUUCAGCAAUCUGCCCAGUUUUAUUCUCCCGUUUGCUUUUCCCGGGAAUAAUUGGAAAUAGUCUUGAGUUAGGAAUUGAUUUGAGCCUCAGGAUUUGGGGGCUUUACCUUUAAACCUUGCUGAAUGAAGAGUAGUGAGUGACAGGUGGGUUGAGGUAGGCUGGCAUCUGCCCAGGGCUGUGUUUUCAGUGUUCACUGUUGGUGUAUUGAUUGCCAGCUCAGUCUGGCUAUAGCCUAUUUUUCUACUUGUAAAGAAAGUAUGGUGAGGGGAAUGGGGGAGAGCCUUAGUUAUAAUGUUCCUGUCUCAGGCCUUUGGGGGCCCAAGCUGUACGAGGGCACCCUUUAACUCCCAGAGAGGCUUGUCCUGAGCAGUGGUAGGGCCCUGUGGCUGUCCAGAAUGUGGGGACGAACCAGAGCUGGUCGGGGAUAACUCAGGUUCUGAGUGAAAAAUGAGAUUGGGUGGAGUCUCAGAGGUUUGUUCUAAUCCCUCGUGUUAGUGGGGAUCCAGCCUUGUUUUCCUUCCUGACCCCACUCAUGACAGGAAAGCUUAAAACAUUUCUAGCCCCAAAUGUGUGACGCCCCGGGAAGCCCACAGUCCUGUUUCCUGGGGGGGAAAAAUUGUAUUUCCAAUAUUAGAAAAUACACGUUCUACAUAUUUAAAUGUCCUGUCCUUUCACGUUUUAAAGCUCCUAAUUCCAGCUUUGUGACUGGCGUGUUUUAAACAGUGCCCUUUCACAAAGGCGGGACCGCGCAGUCACGGCCCGGCCCCUGACUCACAUCGUCCCGUUUCUCCAGAGUGUUCCCCGUAAGCACACUCGGGCUGCGCCCAGCGCAUGCGUGCUGUCUGGCUACGCUGCUCGGCAGCUUUCUCUCCAUCAGCUAAAGUCUUGAACGGAUCCCCAUGUGAGACAUUUGCCAAGUGGCUGUGACGGCGCCCACCGUGUUUUUCUAGCUGCUCCUAGGGGACUUGGUGACACAGUGCUGCCCAUUUCCAGUUGAAGUUCGCUUCUCUGUCAUCCUUGGUAGAUGGCUAUGUGGCAACGUGGUUCUGAUGGUUUAGAGUGUCACUUUAAUUAAAUGUGAUGUUGAUUGUACAUCCUGUGUUGUAAGGAUGGCUUUUUCUCACGUUAUCAUCCUUAAAGCUCCAUGCUUUACUUACAUGACAUUAAAUCAGUUUUCAGUGUUGUGCAGGGAUAUUAAUUUUGAACGUAGUUACUGGGAUUCCUAGAACCAGAGAGUAUUGAGUCAUGCUCCUGAAGUGCUGUUGAAACAGAAUUUUCUCCUGCUGUCCCGUGGGUGUGUCCUGCCUAGACCUUGACCCCAGUGGGGCUAGCUUUAACAGGCAGCCAUAGUUGAGCCUGAUCAGUCCUAACCACCAGUUGCUUGAUUCUGGAAUGAAGUACGUUCUGGGUAUGAAGAUGGACUCAGACAUUUCAUUUCCUCAGCCCCUGCCUUUGUAGAUGCUGCCGCUUUGAUUGUUUCAGCCACGUCACGUUGCACUUUAUAAGUCAUGCCUUGGAGGGAACGGCUUGUUCAGGGUUGAGGAGCAUUUCACGUCCAUGGAUCCUUUUAAACAAUGACCCAAGGCUGGAAGAGGUUGGCCGCAGACCUGUGCAUGACUGCUCUCCUUGCUCUUUUAGUUCUUUGAGUUAACAACUUUCCGCACGAAGGAGGGAAGCCUGGGAUCCAUCUCAGAUCGUCACUCGUCAAGAAGGCCCCACUUUACAUAUUUUAGGUCAUCAGCGCCCGCAGUGGCCUUCUGGAGUGUAGGGCGUUCCUGCGGUCGAGACAGGAUGACUCAGACUGAUUUUCUCCAUGUGUUGUUGCUCCUAUGUGACCUUUCAUUUUGCCUUCUAGUUUAUGUAGAUGAAAGGCAGAGAACACAGGCGGCCGGUCUUCUUUGUGAUUGCUUCUGCGUUCCUGUCAUUCUGUUGUGUCUACAGAGCCUGUCUCCCCGCCCCUUUUUGUGUGCACAUGGUAUGUUUCUAAGUGAACUUGUUAAAAUAUUAAAUGAUCAUUAACCUUCAA